GCUGACAGGAAGCCCGGUGCCCAUUCCCGAAUCUGCAGCUGUCAUUUUCCUAAAGGAAAGGGAAAAAUGCCUGUUUUAUUUGUAGCCCAGAAUGUUGUCAAACUAAAUAGAGAAGAUCAUUCCUACUGUCUGAGAGGGAAUGACACUCAAAUUCAUGGAAUAAAGGAAGAAGCUACGUGUCUAAUGACUGAGGAGGAAGCAGAUCCAUGUACUAAUGAGUAUCUUCGACCACUAUCUGAGGAGGAUGAUGAUUAUGAGGAGCAAACCACCAGUGAAACGGUAGAAGAAAAACUUCAAUCUGAGCAAAGACACAGAAUGCAGCUAGAGAUCCAGCUAGAGGAGUCCAAGGCAGAGUUGAAGUCCCUCAAAGAUAAGGAGAGUUACUGCCGUGACAUGUAUUCUGCCUCUCAGCUGAGUGAAAAGGUUCUUCGGAUGGAGACAGGAUUGCCAGAUAGAGACACGUUCAGAUCUGUGUGUGAGUAUGUUGCUCGUUUUGAGGGUUCCAUUACAUACCCAGAAGGUUGGAGCCCCAAAACACUGAGUCUUGAAGACCAAGUUUUCAUUACCCUCAUGAAACUGCGUCAUAGUUACACACACCUUCAUCUGGCUGCACUCUUUCACUGCAGUAUAACCACUGUCAGAAAUGUGAUCGGUACAUUUAUAGACAUUCUCCACAAAUUACUUUUUAAGGAGACAAUGAUAACUGUUCCCAGCCGCGAGAAAAAUAAAACCAGCUUGCCUUCUUCAUUGCGGCUCAUCCGCAGAAUGAUAUUGGAUUGUACGGACAUCACAAUUGCUAUGCCCAAGCAAAUGGAUAUCGAGAAUGAGUUUUCUGGUGUGUAAUAAUUGUAAUACAGAUUUCAUGUGACACAUCAAAUUGAUUAGUUGAUUGAAUUAAUGUCACUAAUGUGAAUAAAUGAACUCUAGGUUAA